AUGGUGAAUGGCGUUUGCGCUGUCGGGUUUGCUGAGGAAUACUGCGUGUCAAAAGUUAGGCAGACGCAUUGGUCUUUCCCUGGUGACUCCGAUUUAGUCUCAUGUGCGUUCCUCCCGCCGGUGCGCCUGUAUUCGGACGCCAACUAUCACCAUUCUUUCCAUCGGGCCUUACUCUUGCGAAUUUUCCAGUGCUCUUGUUACUAUGAGAAAGUCUUGUUUCUCCAAUUAGACAUGAUUUGUGACCAAUGA